AUGGCGGCGGCGGACGGGGACGCUCCGAUCGCGGCGUUCGCGGUGGCCAAGGGCGGCGCCGUGCUCAAGCACAUCUUCCUCAACGCGCCCCCGCCGGAGGCGACGCGCGGGGCCGGCGGUGGGCGAGGGGUGGAGGGCGGCGGGGAGGAGGAGGACCCGCCGGUGAUGGUGGGGCGGCACCCCGACUGCCACGUGCUCGUCGACCACCCCAGCGUCAGCCGCUUCCACCUCGAGCUGCGGUGCCGACGUCGGCAGAGGCUCAUCACCGUCACCGACCUCUGCUCCGUGCACGGGACAUGGGUGUCGGGGCGACGGAUCCCACCCAACACGCCGGUGGAUCUGGCCACCGGUGACAUGCUACGCCUCGGGGCCUCUAAGAGGGAGUAUAGGCUCCUCUGGUUAUCGCUGCGUGAAGCAUUUGAGAUGGACGAUCUGCUCUAUAUGCCAUCGCUGCCUGAGGAGGACAAAGAGGAUCCCCAUGUUAAGGAACCAAGCAGCCAGUUAGUGCCUGGGCACAUGGAUUCAGUGGACAUGGAGACCCAUCAGGAUACAAGUGAACAAAUUGUGUCAAAAGACGUUGCAUUUCCAGCCAAAGUGCCCCCUGCAGCACCUCCAUUGUCUGAGUUUCCUAAUAGCAUUGGUUUACAGUUUAAACAUGAUACAAGUGAACAGAUUGUGUUAGAAGACAUUGCAUUUCCAGCCAAAGUGCCCCCCUCAGCACCUCCAUUGUCUGAGUUUGUUCAUUCCUUUUUUGCGAAAGCGCCUUCACUUUCCCAAUUUCAUGAGAAAAGAGACGGAGUGACAGAGGAAAAGUUGGUCGACAAGGAUCAAAUUUCAGAAUCUUUUGGUUCGUUGAUCAUACAGGAAAUGGCAGGCACACUGACAAAUGCUGGAAAAUCAAUCCAGUCAGACAAGCAGGAUGCCUCAAACAAAGUGUCCAAGAGGUCCAAGUUGAAGUCAGUCAAAUCGCUUCAUGUUGACACAGGCAGGAGCAGGGAUAGAAGCAGCACUCUGAGCCAUAGCUUUCAGAAGGUAGACCAAAAUGAGAUUCUUGUAUGUUCUCAGAGCUAUGAUGUGUUCCCUGACAAAGAAAUUCCACAAUGGAAUGGUGCUACUGUUCAUACAGAAUCUGAGCUUGUUUCAGAAAAUCUAAUAAUGCCAGUGAAGCACGAUGGUUUGAACCAUCUUAACUUGGAGGGAGAUCUCUCAGAAUACGAGAAUAUGGACCCAAAUAACAUUGGUGAGGGUCCUGGGAACUGUCCGCUUGAAGGCACCAUUUGUGGGAAUCUAUUUGACAAUUUGGAUACUGAAGGAAUUGAAGAUGAAGAGAUCUACCGACUGGACAAGGAUGAAAUCACCCCAGCGUAUCAGCUCAACACUGGAGAUCAGAUGAAAUCAAAUGAACCUGUCUCUGAGAAUCUUAACCCAUUAAUGCCCAUUUCACAUCUGGAAUUCAAAGUUGACAUCCUUCUGGAUAUGGAAAGCUCAGUGCCGGCUCUGGGAAAGUCUGAGGCUAUGUCCGCUGUGAGGGAGGAAAAUCUGUUCUCAGACAAGGAGAAUGUGACUCCAGCCUCUAAGGUGAAGACCAAUGUUAGGAGAGUUCUUGGUACAAGGAUGGAUAAUUCAUUGUCAGCAGCAAAUGCUUCAAAUAAGAAGAAAGUUCUUGGGUCAAGGGUGGAUAACUCAGUGUUAGCAGAGAAUAGUUCAAAUAAGAAGCAAUGCAGUGAAUUAUCAACAAAGUCCGAAAAAUUCCACACAGUAGAUUUUGAUGUUUUCAAUUCAGAUAAGGAGAAUUUGACCCCUAUAUCUUCAGGAGGCAUGAAAGCAAGGAAGUGUUUUCCCAAGGACCUCUCAGUUGACAUAGAUCAAGAUCAGGAAGCAUUCUGCUCAGACAAGGAGAACUUGACGCCACUAUCUUCUGCAGCUCGGAAAACAAGGGAUAUGUCUGGAAACCGUAUACGAGUUGAAAGUGCGAUCACCAAGAAAAGGGUUGCUGAUAGACUCCCCUUCCAGACUCUUCUGUCAAAUUCUCCUUUGAGACCUGCUAGCUCGCAUGAUUGUACCUGUGCUGUUGCUAAGCCAGCUGACAUUGCUGCUGGUCACUUGGUGAUCAAGUUGGAAGAUAAAUUCAACAAUCUUUCAUGUAAUAAUCAAGAAUCAGGUAGUGCUGGACAAGGUAUGAAAGCCUGGACCAUGGUGGCUAAUACAGACAGUCUUCUUGAUGACGAAUCUAGGAAGGCUAUUAUGCUGUUAAGAGGCCUAAAAGGAACUCAUCUGUUCAUACCGAGGAUUGUGAUCAGGGAGUUAGAUUCCAUGAAGCAGCGGGAGGGCCUGUUCAGACGGUCAACAAAGGCGACCACCAUCCUGCAAUGGAUCGAGGAGUGCAUGGCAACGGAGAGCUGGUGGAUCCAUGUCCAGAGCUCGGCCGACAUGUUCCCGGUCGCACCAACCCCGCCCGCGACCCCUUCGGCGCAGCGCAUCGACGAGGAGAUCGAGAUCGGCUCCGCCUCCUUCAACCCGAUGGCGGCGUUCUUCUCCCCGCGAAGCUCCGCCCUCGCGGACAUCGUCUCUCCCAGGCCCGAGGACCGCGUCCUCGACUGCGCCCUCGUCUUCAGCAGGCUCCGGAGCGACGAGAAGGUUGUCGUCCUGUCCAACAGCGUCACGCUCAAGAUCAAAGCCAUGGCAGAGGGCUUGCCUUGCGAGGGAGCGAAGGAGUUCCGCGAGUCGCUGAUGGACCCGUCGUCCAGGCGGUUCAUGUGGGCGGCCAGCGCACCGCGGGGGUCGGCGUGGUCGUGCCUGGACGCGUCCGCGCUGGCGGAGAACUACUACAACAGCCACCACCACCACCACGCGAUGAAGCGGAGGGUGGUCCCGGCGAGGCCCGCCCAGGCCGCCAAGGGCCUGAAGCUUAUCCUGCGUCACAACUCCCUGUACGCGCAGGCCACGACGAACGCCGCCGUCAACAAGACGACGCCACUGCUGGCAUCGCUGGCAUCGGUGUGA